GAAAUAUUAAAGUUGUGUGAUCGUUUAAGAGAUGAAGAUUUACCAAACCUCGGGGUUAAACUGGAGGACCAGGAGGGUAAGCUCGAUUUAACCGAGAAAAUUCAUUCCAGUUCCCUCCAGCUUUAAUCUAACGAGGGGUUUCGAGUACAACUGUGCAAGUGCUAUUUCUAUAAAAUACUAUUAUAUAUAUUUAUAAAACCAUUGUUUUUUUUUAUUUCCCAGCCGAUUUUCUCUUCCUUUUUAGAAAGCCAGUCAUCUGUAAUAAAGUUUGUCGAUCCGGAAACAUUAAGAAAAGAAAGACAACAGCAACUGGAGGUAUUAGGUUAUUUCUGUCUAAAACACUGAUAAUGAACACUUGUUUGUUCAUUUUUUCACCUUCUUACGUUUGGUAGGAGAUAGAAAAAAAGAAAAAAGAGAAGGAAGAAAUGAAAAGAAGGCAAGAAGAGGAAAAGGUUGGUACGCAUGCGUGACAAUAAGCCUCCGUUUGCAAACAUAGCCAUUCCGUUCUUGAACUUAGAAACUAAAAAAAUAAUUAAAAACUGCUUGAAAGUCGAAAACCCACUUUAGCAUCAUCAUCAUGAUUCACAAUUGGUCUGAACUCACUUACAGGGAUUAUAUUUAAAACGAUGCGUUUUUGUUUUAGGCUGCUAAGUUAGCCAAGGCUCAAGUGCCCCCGUCAGAAAUGUUUAAACACGAAACUGAUAAAUAUUCAGCUUUCGAUGAACAGGUGAGAUAAAAUGAAACCUUAUUAUAGUAUAAGCUAAACACAACCCGUACGCGUCAAGAACAUUCAGAGUUACCGUUGUUUUGUAUUUCGGAAAAAUACUCAGUCAUUGUGAUGAUCACUUUUAUCUCGUAAAUAACACAGCCCCGGUCAAACGAGAGUUAAUGAGAGUUGAGUGAAGAAUUGUUACAGGAGACAUUUGAAGAAUAGCUACCCAACGUCGCCAACUCUCGUGCACUCUCAUGGUUUGAUCCGGGCUUUACUCCCUUUACUAUUACAUUCAACAUUGAUUUGUGGGCCACGGGUGAGUGAUCUUUGUCCCAAUGUAUUUAUUCAACGAUUGUACUAGCCUGCGUGCAGGCCCAUGAAAGACAUGUGGGAAAAUACAUUUUAUAUUGCCAUAGCUUUGUACGUUUAUAACCGUGUUAAAUGGUGCUUUGCGUCUUUGUUUUAGGGCAUCCCCACUCAUGAUAAUACUGGAGAAGCAAUCAGCGCGAAGCAAAUCAAGAAGUUGAAGAAAUUAUAUCAACAACAAGAGAAACUAUAUAAUACAGUGGGGCCUGGGGCCGGUAAAUAACACACUUCUGACGUGGAUUAAUACAGUCAGGCUUCUUAUAGGAACUUCUGAAAAUAAUAUGACCAAGACCCUCAAUCAUACAAUUACACAAUUAUAAUUAACAAAUUAUUGGAAAUUAUUUUGGACCGAAAAUGCGUUGAUUCAAAUACUGAUAUUUUUAAAAAGUUCAGAUUUUUAUUUACACUUCUAAUUUUACAAGAAACCCCAUUAGGUCUUUUUUCCCGGUAAUGAUUUACUAUAACCAUAACUUUUUAUUCCGAGCCACUCAAAUAUUUUCACUGACUAUGAAGACAAUUUGCCGAUAAAUCCAAAAACAAUUUGCCGAGUCAAGCAGACAUUUGCCUGAUGAAUGGGGGGUGUUACACCCCCAGCAGCCCCUCUGGCUACGCCCCUGUCUCAGUGCUCCGGAAAGUGUACCAACCGUACCAGUAAGAGCACAACUCUAAACUUUUAAAUAAUUGUAGUUGUAUAUACUUUAAUAAUCAACAAAGUUUACAUCAUUAUUAUUAUUGUGUUAUUUUGUCGCACUACAAUACAGUGUUUCUCGUUAGAAUUUUCACGUUUUUAUUUCAUUGUUUCCUUAAUCUAAGAAUUAACAGGCUGGCAUAUUUGGACUUUUUAGAGGCUAUAGGGUUAGGUUUGUUUAGGCUUCUCACAUGUGCGAGUCAGUUUGUAUUAAUGUUCAUAGUACUUGACAAAGAUAUUUCUUCUUGAUUCUUCCUUUAUUUUAUGCCAUUCUACCAUGUUACUUGAAGUUGGUCUUGUUGGCCCAAUUAUCAACUUGUUCUGACGCCACAUGAACAAAUAUUUUGCAACCCUGUCACCAUAGCUACUGAUAGAAUUGCUGAUAAAACGCUGGAGUAGAUCAUCAAGUCUAUUAGCUUUAUAUGCUUUCUGCAGCAUCUUUUUCGACAUGCCCAUUGUGUUCCCAGGUGACUGAAGAAGAGAAGGGUCCUCGGCUAAAGACACAUCUGUUCGUAUAGCUUGAUAGAGUCCGAGCAAUAUUUGCAGUGCAGUAUAACCUUCUCUUGAAAUAACAUUCCCGUGGUAUUCAGAAAUAUUUGCAAAGCCAAAUUGCCACCAGAUAGGGUUAGUAGAAGCUGGGAAGAGGUCUUCAUAACAGAUAUGAAAUAAUUGAUGAACCUCAGAAUCUGCUGGUAGACAGUUAGGUUUGUGCCGUCGCCAGUGAGCAGUCUGACAUCCAACUGAACAGUAUGUGUUUAUCUUACAACGACUACAUCUUUUCAUACUCUCGUCCUCCUUCGUACAACGAAAACACGACAUUGUUACUAGUAGAUAUUAAACGAAUGAGUAGAAAAACCGAUUGUCCGCACUGAUUGUUUUGCUUACUUCCUGAU